CGGUAAUGGGUAGCUCAAUGUUGCGACCUCAGCCACCGUCUCACGGGAUGAUUGUCUUCCUUGACAUAGGUAUACAUGCAACUUUGUUGGAACUCACCAGUCGAACAGGGGACGCUGCCAAUCUGUUCCAAGAAUGAACUGUGAAUGAUCUAUACCUGUGCCAUUGCCAACAUCGGCCCCGCUUAAGCUCAAGUAUCACUGAUGGAUUGCGGCCUUUGUGACUUGAGCAUCGUGUGGCUUGACGGCUUGUUGUUGCCGUUGAACUAUCGCUCUCUUUUACCUCUUCUUGUCCAAGCUCUCCUCUCCACCACUUCCCUCCACUCACUCCUCCACCUAUACGGCCCUAACAGAAUCCCAUCUAAGAGCUCGACCAACUUGGGAUCGCCCAUCGUAUUUCCCAUCCAUCAUACCCAUCUGUAGCCCACACCCCCCAUGAAUCUAUCACACUAGCAUCCCUUCAACUGAUCUCUUUUUGGCCCUCUAUCCCUCUUAACCCUGCAUUUCCUUACACUUCCUUACCUUCCAAGCCUUCCUCGAGCCCUAGCUUCGGAAGCUUGGACUAUUAGCCACUCGCUAUCUCCGUUGUUAAAGCCUCUUCUGUUUAAUCGUUGGCUUAGGUUUCGCCCCUUGCCCCCCAAAAGCUUCUCAAGCCUCGAAAGUCUUUAGGAACCGUUUCUCUUUUUGAAAGCUCACAGGUUCAGGGGAGCUUAACUUUGUCAGUUUGCAUUUCUGGUAACCUUCGUUUGUUGCUGAAGCUGGCAUUGCCUGUUGCCAGCUCGUAAAGGACGACCUAGGGCUCCUUCAACGUAUGAACAAAUGUUUUCUCGACUCAUCUUGAGCCCCAAUACCUCCUUUGCCGCUACACUCAUUCAUCGCAGCUGAUUCUUAGUAUCGCGGGUCAAGUCCAACUUUGUGGCUGAUCGCCGACUUCGAAUAGUUGACACUGCACCUCAACACUACAACACUCUUCCAGUGGUUCCUGGGCUAAGCUCAUAUCCCUGUUACGCCAUAAGGAAACACAACCAAGCCCCAUUUUCGAUCUCGUUUUAUCAUUCAGCUCCUUUCCCUUCCGAAUUUGGCAUUGGUUUAACGGGUGUUCAACGACUUCGCUAGCUUCCCCGUGGGGGCAAUAAUACACACCUUUGUUCGGGCAGUUUCUUAUAGGAACUGUAUUUACUUCCGCCGCCACCUUGUCUCUUGUUUCACAGGCAGAUUUAUUAUAUACAAAACGACAAAUCGUGUCUCCUUUCAGUCUUUUUGUUGGUAAGAGCCAGGGUCUCGAUAUAUUCCCCCGCCCACUGAGCGCUAUCGUCGGCUCUGACACAUAAUCGGCCACAAAAUUGCUCGAUAAUUUCCCCUCUCUACCCUUUCUUUAAUAGCAGCCAGUCAAAUCCGCCCGAGAAGCUCUAGGCGGCUGCUCUGCUGCAGGAAAAAGCCCUGUUGACUUGUGACUUCGGCACGAUUAGCAGGCCUCCUGGUGUUCAUCUGAACAAUCACAGCUUUCAGGCAUCGGAAUUUUGCUAUCCUUCCCUCACUCCAAUAGAGAACAUAUCCAAGCACCAGGCUAUCUCUCACCUUCUAUCAGAGUACCACCAACAAAUACAUCAAAUGGGGGAUACAGCCAGCGCCCAAGUCCUGGAUGUGGAAGCACUCGACCAAGAUACUGCAAAGACGGUCAACACAACGAUACCUGACGAUCCUAUGCCACGUCAAGACGAGCCUCGUACUAUCCAGGGGCAUGAGUUUUCUUCUCACACUCAAGAGCAUCCCACCGUUUCUCAGCACGCGUUCUCAACACAGUUCGAUAUGUCUCAAACCUCUUCGGGUCCCCGCCCUGGGCCAUAUAACAUGGCCCCUAUGGCCAACGCCCUCCCUACGAUGGGUUUCCGCCCUGGACAGUAUCCCCAAAACGCUCACCAGCGCAUGAAUCCCGCGGGAUCUCCACCUAUGAUGCAGCACAUGUCCCAGUUUCCUGGUCAUCCGCCACUUCCAGUCUCCGGUCAAAGUUACUACCUACAGCCACAGGUCGCACCGUACUAUGGAAAUCAGAUGCAGCAGGCACAGGCAGCGAACAUGAUGUCUCAAAGGCACAACAUGGCAUACUAUCCCAACCAGAUGAUGAUGAGCUCUCAGCAAUCUCCCUAUUACUACCCCCCUGGACCCCAGUAUCAACCUGCCGCGCACCCAGUUCCGAACGGGGUGUUAUCUGGCCACCAUGCCGCUGGCGGACUAACAACCAGCGACCCAAGGGCGAUGGCACAGACUGCAGACAUGAGUGGAAUACAUCCACAGGGGUUCAGGCAAGGGCAAGGUAGGACUGGGAAGCAAUCUCCCAACAAAACUGAGCUAAAGCAAACCCCAGAUGGGACAGAGAGGCGAAGGAGUGCUGUUCGGGGCCCUCCCAGAAAGCCGCGACAGAGUGGACAUGCAAUCUGGAUCGGCAACCUUCCUCCGCAAACCGACCUCAUGAGCCUCGUUCAUCAUGUAUGCAAAGAGGCUGUAGGAUUGGAAUCACUGUUUCUCAUCUCCAAGAGCAACUGUGCAUUCGCCAAUUUUAAGGAUGAGGAAACCUGUACUGCAGCACAACAGAAGCUACAUGAUUCGAAAUUUCAGUCGGUUCGCCUCGUCAGCCGGCUACGCAAGAGCACAGUGGAGGGUGCAGCCGGUGUAACAGCUCCAACUGGUCCUUCGGUGGCUGCAACAGUAGUUAAGACGGAUCAAGUUGCCGACAAGUCACCAUCUCAGAGCGUGAUUCGAAGCCCGGCGUCCGAACCCUCAGGGACCAUCAAGCUUGGAGCUUCCGGCGAGAAGACACCGCAGAAGGACAAGUUCUUCAUUCUUAAGAGCCUGACAGUGGAAGACCUCGAAUUGAGUGUUAGCACCGGCAUCUGGGCUACCCAAUCUCACAAUGAAGAAGCAUUGAACAAUGCCUUCAAGGACGCUGAUAGUGUAUACUUGGUCUUCUCGGCCAAUAAGUCAGGGGAAUAUUAUGGGUAUGCUAGGAUGAUAUCGCAGAUCAACGAAGACCCUGCGGCAGCUAUCGAAUUUGCACCCACGGCUCAGGCAACGAGCGACCUUGACCUCCCGAAAGCCAUACCGACCGAAGCGAACGAACAAGCCCCCAAGGGGCGUAUCAUUGACGACUCUGCCAGAGGCACUAUCUUCUGGGAGGCGGAUCGUGAUGAUGCUGAUGCCUUGUCUGAUGCGGAAAGCGAAGCAUCAAGCUCCAAGAGUAAUGCAGGGGACGAGGGUGCUGCCAAGACAUGGGGAAAGCCUUUCAAACUGGAGUGGCUAUCCACAAGUCGACUACCAUUUUACCGCACGAGAGGAUUGCGCAAUCCUUGGAACUCGAACCGUGAAGUAAAAAUCGCUCGAGAUGGUACGGAACUAGAGCCUUCAGUUGGACGAAGACUUAUUGGGCUCUUCAAUCGCGCGCAGAACGCAGAGGCAGUCGACGCCGGCGUGCGGGCUUCCAUGGUCAUGGUGCAAGGCUUCGGGCCAAUGCAGCCAUAUGGACAAUGAGAGGCGGAGGGGACUUGAGACAGGUCCUCGACGCGAUACUCCUGCUGCUCGGGUACUCUAAUGCUCUUGAAAGCACACUUGCCAAGAAGAUAAUUCAAAGACACUGGAAUACGGUUUGGGAUCUAUGCUGGACAUAGCUGACAAUUCACGACGAGCAAGGGUCAUCAACGACGGUUGUAAAUGUAACUACACGACAGUUUUACGUCUCAUGAUUAUAUCUAUUCGAGUUUUCGAGGUGUUUUUGACUUUGGUUGUGAUAUGGUCCGGAAUUCGCGGAUUUGAGUAGUAUUUGAGAGGUUGCUGCAGAGCUGUCAAGCUAGCUGCAAAUCAUAUCAUGGAUCUGCCAUACUACCUAGGUACUUGCGUCAAACUUGAUCAACCUGCCAGACCACCUCGGUGAUCAGGGUCAUGGAUCAAGUGGCAACGGAAAACGCGGAUAUACAAGAUUCCGUCGACGCCCGUCAGCGGGUCGCAACGAACUGAAAGCCCGAAUUCCAUCGGGGCAUCAUUUGCAGUAUGGUUUCGGUGAUUGAUGAGACAAAAAUAAUGUUGGCUUGGUCAAGCCAAAAAAUGUGGCAAAGCUGUGGCUGAAAGAUGUUUACUUACGGGGGGGUGACUAGAACGGGAAUCUGAUAAAACUGAGCAUCUACUUACUAAAGUGCCUAAGGUACGGAGUACCUGGUAUGUGCCUCAAAUAUAGCGCUAACGCACGCGCAAGGAACUGGCAAGUUGACUUUCAGCCACUGGAGGUUUGGCCUUUUCUGACCUAAAGCAGCUGAGGUUUCUGGGGUAGUUAGCUGUGCAUGGAUGUGGUCCAGAACGUCAUGGACUACGUCAUGAUGCUAGAUGGUCUAGACCCUCCCAAGUGGGUAAAACAAAGGAUUCAUUAAACACCAAGAGAGUUAUUUGUGUGACACAAAUACUUGAUCACUUUGCCAGGUACUCAUUACCCCCGCUGCCCCGUUUGUCUGACUAUUUCUAAUUAUGUUCUGUCCCGUUUUUCUUCUACUACAUGCCGGACCCCACAUUGACAUUUGGAUCCAUGGAGUUUCGGUGGUGGGAGUGGUGAUGAUCAUGAUAUGCAUUGAAUCCCAAUCACACCUCGAUUACCUCAGUACUAAUGCACUAAAUCACGAUCACAAUUCAACAGAGCAAACCAAGUAACUCCAAGCCACAUUGAAUCAUUAAGAACAUCCGAGCAAUCGAUCCCGUUUGCCCCUGUUCACUUUAUCUCUAAUUACGUCAUUGGUCAUAUCACCAGAGCUUUGGAUAUGGACCCUGGAUUUGCCUAUGAUAUACAAGUGGUAUGGCCUUUUUCAUUUUUAGCUGUCCUUCUUAGCAGGUUCCAGAUGGAUGAGAAUUAUGACUAGAAGUAUUAUUCUUGUUUUACAGUUAACUUGGUAAUGUUAUAAGUCUACACAGCUGAGUAAGUCUCAGUGUAUUUCUUUUGGUCUCUACUCAUUCUCCUUUUGUCACCAUCUCUUUGUCACCACGGCAUUCUACUUACAUUACGGCAUUGUGCCUCUAGCCCAUAAGCUCUUUACUCGCCUAUGACAAUAGAGUUUCAAUUACGGCCGAACUUCACGAACGUCUGAGCCUUUAAUGCAAUAAUCUGCCCCCCAACGCUAUUUCCUCACCGAGCGGCACACUUUUCGAUGCAGUGCACAUACGAUAUCCAUAUCUCCCUCUCUGGUCUACAAAGUCAUUUCUAUGUCCAUUGGCCACGGUGCACAUGUAGAGCAGAAUGCGUAUGUCCACUUCGAUAUCUCCAGGAUCGCCCCCCCGUCCCAAGUAUCCCUGUCUUUGGUGGUCACUGGUAACUCUUGGAGGAUGUUCACCACUGGCUCCUCCACCAGAGUAGCUGCCCUCGCAAUUCUUGGGCCGGGACUAGUGUUUCAUACUUUAUUCCAGUACAUUGAUGCGGGAUGUAGUCACCGUACUGAGGAUAGUGUUUUCUGGCUCCUGGUGAUCACUGACCAAUGUUGAUGCGACUUGGUUGAAUCCCAACGGUGGUGUUCUCGGCAAAUGUUUCUUGGUCUGAUUGCGUGCUCAGUUCAACUUCUUCUGGGAGUUUCUAGCCCAGUAACACUAAUUGAUUGGAAGUAUGUCAUAUUCAAUUGGGCAUAUUGCGGUUGAGGGCUCAAUCACUGGUCCGUACUCAUCAUCGACAUAUUGCAACUCAUAGAUUUGUGCCUCAAUGAGCUUGGAUACUUGUCCUAGUUCCAGGCUUCUGAGAUGAUAUUAUUGUGUAUCAUCAUAUAUCUCCGAAUCUUCCCAUAUAGGUAUGAUCAUGAGCAGGAGUGUUCUUCUUUGCUUCCUAAACAACACCUCUUGGCUUCUGUCUUCUUGUGUCGUGUAAAUGCCAAGUAUUAAGAAUAUUUAAUUGAUUCAUAAGGUACUAAGUUGGUUGUAGUCGGUCUAAUGCUGG